GAACAGGAAACGCCAAAGGGGGCGGUGACGGGGCAGCCUAGGUUGUGGCGGUUCCCCGGUGGUUGCGCGUUUAGGGCUGAGGCGUUUUCGAGCAUUUAGACAAUGCCGUGACGCAGCACAGCGACAGCGUUGACAGCGUGAGCGCACCCCUGUGGAGGGAGCCCUUCGGUCGCGGAGGUGGCACGACAAGAAGGCAGGUUGCUAUUUGAGGGUGCUCCCUUGGAGCGCCUCAGUGAGUGGGGGAGGGGCGGCGGACGCCGAGCGGUCCCCAUCUGCGCUUGCGCCCGGCACCCCUGGUGACCCGGCCUACACGCGCGCGCAUGCUUGCUGCGCGCAGAGCCGCGGUGGCCGGCGGCAUUGCGCGUGCGCGCUGAGAAGCCCGCUGAGGAGCGGCGCUGGCGGACGUCGGGCGGACGGCCCGUGACGUCGUGAGGAGCGCUUUAAAGUGCGGGCUGGGCCGGGCGUCCGAGGGUCUGGCUGGGAGUCGGGUCGGUUCUCCGCAGCGGCCCUCCGCGGCAUGAGGCGCUGCCGGCGCCCUUGCUCCUUGGGACGUGGAGGAGGUGGAGGAGGAGGAAGCCCCGUUGCCGCCACCGCUGCAUGACCCUCCGCCCCUGAGGCCCGACCCCGCGCCCGGCCCCUUGACGCCCCCCGCCGGGUCCUCCGGCCUCGCAUGGGGGCCUGGCGCUGAGGAACCCCUUUCCUCCGGGGGCGUCGGGGCGCGUCCUCCGAGAGCCAUGCCCGGCCGCCCCUCCCGCCCCGGCGGACCCUAGAGCAGCGUCGCGGGGGCCAUGGCGGCCGCCAGCGGUUACACGGACCUGCGUGAGAAGCUCAAGUCCAUGACGUCCCGGGACAACUAUAAGGCGGGUAGCCGGGAGGCAGCGGCCGCCGCCGCCGCCGCCGUGGCCGCCGCUGCCGCCGCCGCCGCCGCGGCCGAGCCUUACCCGGUGUCCGGGGCCAAGCGCAAAUACCAGGAGGACUCGGACCCCGAGCGCAGCGACUACGAGGAGCAGCAGCUGCAGAAGGAGGAGGAGGCGCGCAAGGUGAAGAGCGGCAUUCGCCAGAUGCGCCUCUUCAGCCAGGACGAGUGCGCCAAGAUCGAGGCCCGCAUCGACGAGGUGGUGUCCCGCGCCGAGAAGGGCCUGUACAACGAGCACACGGUGGACCGCGCCCCGCUGCGCAACAAGUACUUCUUCGGCGAGGGCUACACGUACGGCGCCCAGCUGCAGAAGCGCGGGCCCGGCCAGGAGCGCCUCUACCCGCCGGGCGAUGUGGACGAGAUCCCCGAGUGGGUGCACCAGCUGGUGAUCCAGAAGCUGGUGGAGCACCGCGUCAUCCCCGAGGGCUUCGUCAACAGCGCCGUCAUCAACGACUAUCAGCCCGGCGGUUGCAUUGUGUCUCACGUGGACCCCAUCCACAUCUUCGAGCGCCCCAUCGUGUCCGUGUCCUUCUUUAGCGACUCUGCGCUCUGCUUCGGCUGCAAGUUCCAGUUCAAGCCUAUCCGAGUGUCGGAACCUGUGCUUUCUCUGCCGGUGCGCAGGGGAAGCGUGACUGUGCUCAGUGGAUAUGCUGCUGAUGAAAUCACUCACUGCAUACGGCCUCAGGACAUCAAGGAGCGCAGAGCGGUCAUCAUCCUCAGGAAGACGAGAUUAGACGCACCCCGGUUGGAAACAAAGUCCCUGAGCAGCUCCGUGUUACCACCCAGCUAUGCUUCAGAUCGUCUAUCAGGAAAUAACAGAGACCUUGCUCUGAAGCCUAAGCGGUCCCAUCGCAAGGCAGACCCCGAUGCUGCCCACAGGCCUCGGAUCCUGGAAAUGGACAAGGAAGAGAACCGGCGCUCGGUGCUGCUGCCCACACACCGUCGGAGGAGUAGCUUCAGCUCUGAGAACUACUGGCGCAAGUCCUAUGAGUCUGGGGAGGACUGCUCGGAGGCAGCAGGCAGCCCCGCCCGAAAGGUGAAGAUGCGGAGGCACUGAAGCCUGCCGCGCCCUCCUGGGAACUCUGGUUGAUCCUCACGUAGCUGCCCUCUCCUUUUGUUUCGUUUCGGUUUUUUGGUUUUUGUUUUUAUUUUUCAUUUUUUGUUUUUUGAUCCUUACAUUUUUUUCCUUGGGUUUGCUGCCUGUUAAGGCUGAAGAACAGAAUUGGUUGGGACCUGAUUCUCAUGUUCUUGGUUUUCCUCCAAAAUGGAAAGGCUGUUGGCAUCUGUAGAGGACAGAAGCUCACGCCGGAGUGGCCAGUAGAGGUGUGAGGAGCAGCUGUCCUCAAGUGGGGCUGUGUCAGGCUGGGUUUAUUUAAAAACAACAAAAUGUUUUGGUUAAGAAAAUUCUUGUUUUGCUUUAAAUGUAAAUCUUCUCAGUGUUGUAAAUGAAAUUCAGUCUUCUGCCCCUUCUCCUUCCACUGAUGUCUGGGUGCUGGGUUGAGGUCUCGUGCUCCUUGCUGGUUCUGCGGGAGGCCUGCUGUCCUCCCACCUCUCACCCGCUCUCCAGGCCCUGGAAGCUCACGCAAACCCCCUCUUCCUCCUGCAGCAGAGUUGUUCAGAAUGACUGGGUGGAGGUUUCAGCAGUCAUCUGCCACCCCAAAGUUAUUGGCUGAGACCCCGGGCUUCCUCCACGCCCAUUGGCCUGCUCUGCCCACAGGUCCCUGGGCUGCCGAGGGGCUGGCUACAGUGGUCCUGACCUUUCUUGCUGAGGGCACGCCUCUUUGGUGGGUUGCUCCUUUCAAGCAUAUGCGUGUGAUUGUACGGAACAGUUAGACUUCCCAUGUCGGGCAGUUUUAGGAAUUGUUUCUAGCUAGAGGGACUGGUGUCCUUCCAAGUCUAGCAUUUGGGGUAUGGAAAAUUGUUGUGGUGUGUGGUAGGGUUUUUGUUUUCUUUUGUUUUUGAGUUUUUAUUUUUUCCUUUGGUCUCCUGGCUUUUUCCUAACCCUUUCCAUUCUCCUACAUUGGCCAGCUUGGGCCUUCUCUCCGUGUCAUCCCCAUAGGAAGGCGCCCACCCCCCCCCCCACCCCCCCCGUCUGCCUGUAGCAUGCAUCCAAGGCCAGAGCUCAGGACUGCAGACUGGGUUGGUGCCUCCUCUGCCUCAGGGGCGUGGGAGCUGGGAAGGGGCUUUUAAGAAAUAAUAAAAGGAAAAAAUAAAGUCUUUGGCAGUUUCUACCUACUCAGAUCCUCAAAGGCUGCAAGGUUCUGAUGACGUAGAUUCAUUAGGAAUGUCUCCUUGCCAGCCAGGGCCAAGCCCCAGGCCUGCUGAGAGCAGAGGCCCUCCCAGUACCCAGGUUGCCACCACCCCAGGGGCCCUGUGCCCUGUCUUACAGAGGCCCAGGCCUGAGGCUGCAGAAAUCUGGGGCAGCCACCAUCGAGAAGCCCUUCUCAGGGGCCAGAACUCCUUUGCCAGCGUGGAUUCAAGUCGGGACUGCAUAACUAAAGCAGUUGCAGUUUUAUUUUUUUUACAGCUUUUUUCCCAAAAAUGAUUUGUAGUUGUGUGUGCAGCACUUUGCCCUGAUAUGUGUGCUCUACAAUAAAAACCAAAUCUAAUAUAUUUUGAAA